GCUUAUUCAAGAAUAUAUCGGAUAGUAGUAAUAUUAUUAAAUUAAUUAAACAAGUUUUUUUUUAUGUAAUAACUUCAUAUUUUUUACAAGACAAAUAUGCGCACAUAAUUCGAAUGUCUUACAUUCACCGAAACAAAUGUGUUCAGUUGAUUAUUCGUAAAUUAUGAUAAGAAUUUUCGUAUUUCCAAUAAAGUAGUAUACUAUACUGAUAAGACUUUUUUUUCGAUCAAUAACAAACAAAAAUGUUCUAAUUUUUCAUUUAACAAAACAAACAGCAACAACAAAACAACUUGUGGGGACCAGUAGUCAAAGGUCUAUAUUAAAAAAAUAAAUAAUUGUCAGUAAUAUUAGUAAUAAUUGCCUUAGCUGGUUCAGUUUUAAGAUUGUUUUUAGCCAAACAACUAGCAGCUUGCAAUAACUUGUUUUAUUUUAUUUAUUUUAGACAUUUAAACAUAUUUGUGUUUAGUUAGUACAGCUAAGUAAUUGCUACCAGUCAUACUAGCAAGAGAUUGGCAGCAGCUUUUAAUUCUAAAACAAACAAAAGUGUGAAAAAGUGCAAAAAAAAAAUAAAAUAAAAAUAAUAAUGACCACAAAAGUUAAUCCCGACUUGCAAAAAGAGCGCAAUAGUGCCUCAUUCAAUACCGAGGAAUUCACAUUGUGGUGGUGUGGUGGACAGAAAAAAUACGAAGAGCGCAAAUCAUUGGAAAAGCGGUUUCUUGACGAUCCAGAACUAAAAGAUGACUUACCGAUUUCGUAUAUGUCUCACAAACAAUUGUAUGAACACAGUGUUCGCAAGGCUGUUAGAAUUGCUGAAAUAAUCCGUGAAUUGCGCGACAAUGGAGAAGACAGUGUUGAUACUUACAAUGCUAUUUUGGGAGGUUCUCUGGGUACGGCUUUACUAAAAGAAGGCAAUCCCAUGAGUUUACAUUUUGUGAUGUUUGUGCCCACAAUAAUGGGCCAGGGUACCAUAGAACAACAGGUCGAGUGGCUAAGUAAAGCCUGGGAUUGUUCAAUAAUUGGUACAUAUGCUCAAACGGAAUUGGGUCAUGGUACAUUUUUGCGUGGUCUGGAAACGAGAGCUGAAUAUGAUGCCAAAACACAGGAGUUUGUAUUGAAUUCUCCUACAAUAACUUCAUACAAAUGGUGGCCGGGAGGCUUGGGUCAUACUGCCAAUUAUGCUGUUGUUGUUGCUCAGCUUCAUACUCAGGGCGAAUUUCGAGGUCUAGCACCAUUUAUUGUGCAGGUGCGUGAUGAGGAGACCCACAUGCCUAUGCCGGGCAUUGAUAUUGGUGAAAUUGGCACCAAAUUAAGCAUGAAAUCGGUUAAUAAUGGAUAUUUGGGUUUCAAGAAUGUACGCGUCCCCUUGAACAACAUGCUAAUGAAAAAUCAACAAGUUUUGCCCAAUGGCACGUAUGUGGCACCCAAGAACUCUGUGCUCACCUAUGGUACUAUGAUGUUUGUGCGUGUAGUUCUUAUACGUGAUGCUGCCAUGGCCUUAGCUAAGGCCUCCACCAUUGCCUGCCGUUACUCGGCUGUACGCCGUCAAAGUCCCAUCGAUCCCAAUCUGCCGGAACCUCAGAUUAUGGAGCAUACCACCCAGCAACUUAAAGUAUUUCCCCAAAUCGCCAAAGCUAUUGUAUUUAAGACUAAUGGCGAUAACAUUUGGAAUAUGUACAAUCAAAUUUCACACGAAAUUGAAAAGGGUGAACUGGAACGUUUACCGGAAAUGCAUGCCCUGUCUUGUUGUCUAAAGGCUAUUUGUAGUGCUGAUGCUGCCGCGGGUGUUGAGACAAGCCGCUUGUCUUGUGGUGGGCAUGGUUUUAUGGAUUGUUCCAAUUUUCCUACACUUUAUGGCAUGGCUACAGCUGUGUGCACCUAUGAGGGUGAAAACACUGUUAUGUUGCUGCAAACAGCCCGUUACUUGGUAAAGGUUUAUGGUCAAGCUUUGGAGGGUGCUAAACUGGUGCCUACAGUGGAGUAUAUACAGGAGGCGAUUAACCAAACAGAAUUUAUUAAUUUCGAUGGCUCAUUAGAAUCGAUUGUUAAGGCCUUCCAAUUUGUGGCAGCCAAUAAAGUUCGUAUUGCUUAUGAACGCAUGGAAGAACGUCGUAGACAGGGUUAUGGUCCUGAAGUUACAGCCAAUUUGUGCGGCAUUGAAUUGACUCAAGCUGCUGAUCUUCAUGGCCGCUCCUUCUUAGCCUCCUCCGCAUUAUUUGAAUUGCAAAAUCUAGCCACACAAGUAUCACCGGCCUUGGGUGAUGUUUUGAAAACAGUUUUGGAAUUAUAUUUAGUGGAUGCUUGUUUAAAUCGCAUUGGUGAUUUCUUGCGGUUUAUUAACUUUACGGACAAAGAGGUGGGUCAAUUAGAAUUACGUUUGCAAAACUGCCUACGACGAUUGCGUCCCAAUGCGGUGGCUUUAGUGGAUGCCUUUGGUAUAGAUGACCGUAUUCUAGAUUCAGCAUUGGGUGGCUGGGAUGGUAAUGUGUAUGAGAAAAUGUUUGAGGCUGCCAAGAAGAGUCCACUCAAUAAGGAACCAGUUAAUGUAUCAUUCCAUAAAUACUUGAAACCAUUUAUGAAAGCGAACCUGUAAAUUGUAAAUAUUUUAAAAUUAGUCCACAUAACUUAACUGUAAUUUAAGUGAUUAUGAUUUGCUUUAUUUUAAUGUAAAUAGUUUUAUUGUAUUUGUUUGUUAACCUUUUACCACUGUCGUUGUUAUGUGAUCAUAAUGCGGGGGUGGUAAAUGUUAAUGUUGUUUUUUUCAAAUUUUACAUUACGCUUUUUUUAUAAAUAAAAACAAAUUUUUAUAAAAUUCAUAA